AUGGCUUUUAUCACCAUGGAUAUCGACGGCCGCGCAGAGCGUCUCUACGGCUAUGUGAUCCCAGGCCUUGAAUUCGAUCUAAUCCUUGGAAAGGGUUGGGCGGAACGAAAUGACGUCGUAUACAAAGCUGGAAAGCGCUUGCAAAUCGGCCGCGGCAACAGUCGCGUGAAGUUACCAUCGCCGACAUCAACAAAGCUCUCGCCAAGCUCAGCGAGAAGAAAGCGAAACCGACCCUUGAACAACUCCAGCAAGACGGCCGAAUCCCACAAGAGAUCAAAGAUAGAUAUCUGGGAUCAUGCCAUCAACCUCGAGAAAGACGACGAUGGUCGGCUGGAUCCGCGCCAGCAGUUCACCCGCCAGCGCGCCUGUCCUCUUCAACGACCGUUACCCUUUGCCGCUGAUCCGAGAGACCCUCCGCAACCUCGCCACUGCCCGAUGGUUCACCGCUUGACGUCCGCGCCGCUUUUCACAGACUUCGAGUCCGACACGGCGACGAAUGGAAAACCGCCUUUCGCACACGGCGCGCCCGCGACCUUCCAGCGCUAUAUCAACUCGCACCUCCACGACCUCCUCGACGAAUUCUGCUCAGCCUACAUGGACGACGUCAUCAUCUACAGCGACGGCGACUACCUUGACCACAUGACCAAGGUCCGUACAGUGAUGGAACGCCUCCGCAAUGCCGGUCUUAAACUCGACCUCGAAAAGUGCGCUUUCGCCGUGAAAGAAGUCAAAUACCUAGGAUUCAUCAUCAAAGCCGGCGAGGGCGUGACGGUCGACCCGGAGAAAAUUCAGGCUAUUCGUGACUGGGAGGCGCCCACAACAGUGACAGGUGUCCGCUCUUUUCUUGGAUUUAAGUUGACCAAAUGGAAUUGGGACGCUUCAGCGCAGAACGCCUUCAACAAGCUCAAGGAACUCCUCAUCACCUCACCCGUCCUCGCGAUGUUUCACCCGACCGCGAGACUACUGCGACCAGUCGGCUAUUUUUCACGCAAAUUCUCCGCUGCGGAGGUGAACUACGACAUUCACGACAAAGAACUUCUCGCCAUCGUCGCGGCAAUGGAGCACUUCUCAGGCGAGUUACGCAGCGUUGACAAAUUCAUAGUCGUCUCAGACCACAAGAACCUGCAAUACUUCAUGACCAACCGCCGCCUCUCCGAACGCCAGGUCCGCCUAGCGGAAACACUCUCUCGGUACACGUUCAAGAUCGUUUUUCGCGCUGGGAAGGACAAUACACAGCCGGACUUCCUCUCUCGCCGCGCCCAAGACCUGCCCGCUAACGGCGACGACGAGCGCCUUAAAAACCGCGAAUUCCAGCUGCUUAAAGAUCAUUGGCUACCUCCACGCACCGUCAAGCAUCACCAAGGCGACUACAUUCUUAACCAACUCGUCAGCGCGUUGCUCUGGGACCGCGGCCUGAUCGAAGACGGCGAGUACCGCAACAUACACGCCUCUGUUGUCCAAGGCAACGCCACCUUCCCUUCGGAAUACAACCUUUCUGUCCAGGUACCUGACUGCGAAAUCGACGACCGCGGAGCAUUGCUCCGGCGCGGCGCUUUAUGGACACACGACUCUCACAUUACGGGUCACCCUGGGCGCGACGUUACGCUCAACAUUCUUCAACGGAGCUACUUUUGGCCCCAGCAAUACCUUAUGUGCCACUACAGAUUCCACGGCUUUCCAAAGACGAUGACAUCUGACAGAGGCAGCAACUGGGUUAGCAAAUUCUGGCAACGGCUUUGUGAACUCGUGCGCAUUGAGCAACGUCUAUCCACGGCAUACCACCCUCAGACCGAUGGCGCUACCGAACGGAUGAAUCAAGAGGUCCUUGUUUACUUACGAAUCUUCGUCGCCUACGCCCAGACCGACUGGGCAGGUCUUCUGCCAAUGGCCAUGCUCGCGAUCAACAACCGCGAUUCCUCUGUCACGGGUUACAGCCCCUUUUUCCUCACUCACGGGUACCACGCCGAGCCUAUCCAACAAAACCAAAUCUCAUCUCGCUCCAAAACCGACCCCAAGGCCCGUGCCGACCACUUCAUUGCCCGCCUACGAGAGGGUCAAGAAUUAGCCCAAGCAGCGAAAGCGACGGCACAACAAAUCAUGGAACACCAGGCGAAUAAAGGGCGGCGGCCAAGUCAAAAGUUCGUUGUCGGGGAGAAAUCGGGCUCGUGA